AUGGACAAGCUCAAGGAGAAGCUUCACAUCCGCCGCAAGUCUCAGCCAGACACCUCAGAUGUUACCACCGGUGAUGCCACCCGUGCGAGCAUCGACUCCGAACUCGCAGCCAUGAGUCCCGAAGAGCGAGAUGCGUACCUGAAGGAGUUCGAGGACGCCGACCGGACGGGAGAGCCGAAGAAGGGCAGCCUGAUCGAGAAGCUCAUCGCCCGGGGUAACAAGAGGACGGAAGAGCAGUUGCAGAAGGAGAGCCUGGCUAGGCAGAAGGAGGUCCAAGAUGCUGGGGGCGUCAUUCGCUAG